AAUAUAACUAAUUUGUGCUGUGCACCAGCAAGAACCUGCUUUAAAUUUCCAUGCCAAUUUACAACCCUCACACUGUACCAUGCAAGGAGUUUGAUACACCGAUGUAUACCUGUGCUUCUGAUUAAUUUGGAGGGCACUCUGAAGAGCUAAGUCGGGGGACACAUGGCAGAAGACAAAAGGAAGAGCGACUCCAUCCAGAUGAGCAUGAAGGGAUGUCGGACAAACAAUGGGUUUGUCCAGAAUGAAGACAUCCCAGAGCUAGACCCGGAUCCAGGCAGUGCCGUGGGCAGCCUACAGCACAACGCCGUGAGCAUCCCAGGCCCCCAGGAGUCUGAGUUGCAGGUCAUCCGGCCCUAUGCCGGGAUGCCCAAGGAGGUGCUGUUCCAGUUCUCCAGCCAGGCCCGCUACCGGGUGCCCCGGGAGGUCCUCUUCUGGCUCACGGUGGCUACUGUGCUCCUGCUCAUUGGGGCCACUAUAGCCAUCAUUGCCAUCUCUCCAAAGUGUCUUGACUGGUGGCAGGUGGGGCCCAUGUACCAGAUCUAUCCGAGGUCUUUCAAGGACAGCGACAAAGAUGGGAAUGGAGAUCUGAAAGGUAUUCAAAAUAAACUGGACUACAUCACUUCUUUAAAUAUAAAAACUGUUUGGCUUACUUCAUUUUAUAAAUCAUCCCUAAAAGACUUCAGAUAUGCUGUUGAGGAUUUCCAAGAAAUUGAUCCUCUUUUUGGAACAAUGACAGAUUUUGAGAAUCUUGUUGCAGCCAUACAUGAUAAAGGUUUAAAAUUAAUCAUCGAUUUCAUACCGAACCAUACCAGUGAUAAACAUGCCUGGUUUCAAUUGAGUAGGACACAGACAGGGAAAUACACUGAUUAUUACAUCUGGUGUGACUGUACUCAUGAAAAUGACAUUACUAUCCCACCCAACAACUGGUUAAGUGUGUAUGGAAACUCCAGUUGGCACUUUGAUGAAGUGCGAAAGCAAUGUUAUUUUCACCAGUUUAUGAAAGAGCAACCUGAUUUGAAUUUCCGAAAUCCUGCUGUUCAAGAAGAAAUAAAAGAAAUAAUACAGUUUUGGCUUGCAAAAGGUGUUGAUGGCUUUAGUUUUGAUGCUGUUAAAUUUCUUCUAGAAGCAAAGCAUCUGAGAGAUGAGAUCCAAGUAAAUAAGUCACAAAGCCCGGACACUGUCACACACUACUCAGAGCUGUAUCACGACUUCACCACCACGCAAGUGGGAAUGCACGACCUUGUCCGGAGCUUCCGGCAGACCAUGGACCAAUACAGCCGGGAGCCUGGCAGAUACAGGUUCAUGGGAGCCGAAGCCCAGGCAGAGAGCAUCGACAGGAUCAUGAUGUACUAUGGGUUGCCAUUUACCCAGGAAGCGGAUUUUCCCUUCAACCAUUACCUCACCACACUGGACGAUCUUUCUGGGAACAUUGUGCAUGACGUCAUCACAUCCUGGAUGGAAAACAUGCCAGAAGGAAGGUGGCCUAAUUGGAUGAUUGGUGGAUCAGACAGUAGCCGACUGACUUCUCGUCUGGGGAACCAGUAUGUUAAUAUCAUGAACAUGCUUCUUUUCACACUCCCUGGAACUCCCAUAACUUACUAUGGAGAAGAAAUAGGAAUGGGAAAUAUUUUAGCCACAGAUCUCAACGAAAACUAUGAUGCUAACACUCUUCUCUCAAAGUCACCAAUGCAGUGGGACAACAGUUCAAAUGCUGGUUUUUCUGAAGGCAAUCACACCUGGUUACCCACCAAUUCAGAUUACCAUGUUGUGAAUGUUGAGGUCCAAAAGACUCAGCCCAGUUCAGCCUUGAAAUUAUAUCAAGAAUUAAGUCUACUCCAUUCCAAUGAGUUGCUCUUCAGCAGGGGCUGGUUUUGCCUUUUGAGGAAUGACAGUCACUCUGUUGUGUACACAAGAGAGCUGGAUGGCAUAGACAAAGUCUUUAUUGUGGUUCUGAAUUUCGGAGAAUCAACACAGCUAAAUCUACAGGAAAUGAUUUCAGGUCUUCCUACAAGACUGAGAAUAAAAUUAAGUACCAAUUCUACCUCCAAAGGCAGUGAAGUUGAAACACAUGGCGUUUUUCUGGAGAAGGGAGAUGGAGUCAUCCUGGAACACAACACGAAGAACCUCUUUCAUCACCAAACUGCUUUCAGAGAUAAAUGCUUUGUUUCCAAUCGAGCAUGCUAUUCUAGUGUGUUAAACAUAUUGUACAGCUUAUGUUAGGAACUUCUAUGAAAGAGAUGGGGACACUGGUAUUUGGUUGUGUUGUAACUUCAUGUAUAGCAUGCUGCUGGGUAAACUUCAUCUAAUUCUUAAGAUAUUUCGGUAGCUUGAAUGUAACUAUUUUAGGAAAGGUUCUCAAAUGUUGGAAAUAAUAAUAAAAUGUUUAAAAG